GUUUUUUGCAAGUUUUUGCAUACGAAAACGACAUCCGGUAAAAAACCAGUAAAAUUAGUACUGGAUUUACUGGAUAGUGUGUACGCGAACAGGGCUAUUGUAGAUGUAGAAUAAUGAAGAUCAACGAAAAGAACUUGUGUGUUUUCGCUACCAGUCCUCCGUUUGAUUGCGAAGGAUUUUUAAAUAAAAGGGGAGAGGUGAACAAGGCUUUUCAACGAAGAUAUUUUGUGCUUAAAGGAAACUUACUUUUUUAUUUUGAAAAGAAAGGCGAUAAAGAACCAUUAGGCCUAAUAAUUGUAGAGGGUUGUACCAUAGAGUUAUCGGAAGAAAGUGACCAAUAUUGUUUUGAAAUAGCUUUCAAUGGCAAUCGUACUUAUAUUUUAAGCGCAGAUUCUCAGGAGUGUAUGGAGACCUGGAUGAAGGCUUUGACCUGUGCAGGUUAUGAGUACAAGAAAAUGGUUGUUGCUGAGCUGCAGCGGCAAUUGGCAGAGAUUGAGUGUUCGCGUGACAGUAAGUUACACACUAACAUACAGCUGUGCAUAAAUAGUGAUAAAAAAGAUUAAGGUUUGCAUAAGAAUGGGGACGUCAAAUUUCUGCUUUUAUGAUAUAAGGAGAAUGUUUAGUUAUUUGCGCACUGUUUUUGUGUUAGAGGGCGUAGGGGAGGCGGCGUGGCACUUGAUAUCCAACCCACUAGAAAAAAACACAAAUCAAACCUUGUAAAGUCACCUCCCGAUCCCUUGAAAACCUUCAACAUGCCCCUGGGGAACCAUUGGAAAUUAAUUAAUCCCAACCGCUUUUUACUCUCCAUUCCCGCCC